GAUUGGGUCACACUCAACCUUUUGAUUUCUGUGUACAUCCCCCAUCAAUUAAACUGGGACGUCGGCUGGCUUUGGAGGCAAAACUACCAUCAACAGAUAGGAGAGCAUCCAGGCACUACAUUGUGUUCACAAAGUAGAAGACUAUUACGGUGGCUCUUAUACGCACCAGUUCGAGAUGGUGUUCACGACGUCAUCUUGACAUGACUUAAGAACGACUCCGCUCCGUCUACCAAGAUGGUUGUAUCUGUAUUUCUUUACCCUGUACUGUACGGCUUGGAGUUGUUCCUCGCCUCUGCAUUGAUCACACAGAUCGCGGUGUCUCUGGCCGCCGCGGUCGUCUCCACUGUGACAAUUUACUUCUGCAGGCAGCAACUGGUCCACUGGCACCAGGAGAGAGUACUAAAGAAGCGAAGGAGAUGGCAGAGUGAUGUGAGUAUCAAGACAUCGAAGAAACAGCGGCGUGGAGACAACUCGGAUUCCUCCGAGGGCGAAUUGAGUGACCCUUCCUUGCUGCGCAGGUUACGGGCGGGUCUGCGGAGCAGGUCCCACGAGCACAUCAAAACAAGAGCCAGUCGUGACAGUGGAGAGAAGAGGAUCCCAAAGUCGCCCUCUCGGCCGUCGGAAGAGGCCAAAAAGGACACCCAGGACUCUGGAAGAGUCCGCCCCAAACUGACCAAGCCGGUAGGGGCGAUGCACCGGUCUCACUGGGUUGCCAAACCGCAGCAAAGCCAGCCGACCGUCCGACGAAGGAGCUCAGAAAGUGAUGCGGAACUGAGGGCAGGCAGUUCUUCACCAACAGCAAUAGCAGCAGGAACAGUACCAGAGCGUCUCGUGCAAGAAGAGCCCAGCAUCUCUGUUUCCACCCAAGUCAUGGUGGGUCAGACUGAAGGAAUGACGCUCAAGAGGUCUCGAGCCACAGCCAAGAUGACCCUAAAGAAGCACCCGCGGUUCUCUUCAUCCGAUUCUUCCUCUUCAGUAUCGCCGGCUUCAUCAUCUGAAUCUGAUGACCUCGUACAUGGUGAAUCGGGUGAAAGGACGGAAUCUCAUGCGGACGUUACUGUCUCAACGAGACGAGUGCCUUCCAUCCAAGUUGAGCCUAUCGUCGAAGAGAGAAUCAUUCCAAUAGGCUUCCAUGUUUCGUCUCACCCUCCGUCAAGCAAGAUGGAGAAGUCAACGAAGAAGGAGAUCUCAAGGCUUGAGUUCUCCUUGGGAGAGGCUGGGUCGCAUUCAAACCAACAGCACCAAGCACUUGAAGGGGCAAGCCAAACAGCCGCCACUGAUGAUGUUGAUGUACCGCAGUCAUCAGCUGGAACUGCUGCCGUGGACACCAAACAAGUAAAAGACGAGCCAGGAAUCUCCAAUGUGCCGUCAAUAUCUACCAGUGAGGUUCCAGAGAGACUGACAAUGGACGAGCCCAUAACUGCUGAGCAAACGGACUCACAGCAAAACCGUAGAGACAGCCUCGGUGUCCCUCCUGUCAUCACAGGAGAAGAGGCCUAUCCUGAAGGGGCUCCACCUUCCACCGAUGACUAUCAAUCCGCUUUUGUUUGGGUUAGUGAACUAGCUGUUGCUAGUUCAGAGAGACCAUUGAUAUUGGAGCCCGGUAAAGGUGUGAGUAUGACAGUCGAGGCAGACGACUUUGUUGCACAUUCGUCGCUCGCUGAAAACCAGUCUGCUCUUAUGUCUUCUCAAAUUUCUGCACUGCCGUUUCUUCCACCAAAUGAUGGGGAUAAGAUGGACAAAAGAAUGCACAGUUUGGAUGUACCUCCCAUAAUAACUGGCGAGGUGUGUUUUCCAUCAACCAUGCUCACUGGUUCUGACGGACAAAGAGUUGAAGAAGACCAAACAAAUAAUGGACAAACUGCUUCCGCGAGGAAAAUCAUAAAAAUCAGACCAAAGAGUCUUGAUAUUCCUCCGAUAAUGCCCGCUCCGUACUCAAGAAAUUCACAGAGUGCACCGCCCUCUCCUCCUUCCAGCCCCGGUCAUGGAGUCAAAAGGAAGCACAGUAGUGCCAAGUCGAUCCUGAAGAGAAGCGGAAGCAUGGAGAGGCCGGGUCGGAAGAAAUCGGUCUCGUUUUCCCCCGAGGUGUCUCCUCGAGAGUUUGAGGUAGAAAGAUGCCACGACGUAGAUCGCGAGCGCCUCAACGCGCCAAAGAGACCUCGAGUCUUCCGCCACUUUAGCAUGGACAUUCCGGACGCAAGGCUCGCAUCCGAGGAGGACAUUUCGUUGUCCACUCCGCAUCAGGCCUGGUCACACGGGGACUUAGACGACAAUGACUCCCCUCCCGUAUUUUCUCCCGCCGCUCUCGACACAAGUGACAAUCUGUCGAGGGCGGAGGGAUGGGUCCAUCCUUCUCCCCUAGAGCCUAUGCAAAUAGAGGGAUCAGACGCAAGAAUGGCCUUUGUACCCAUUUCCGCGCUGGUGUCUGACGAGGGCGGCAGAAAGAGUGCCAAGGAGCGUUUCCUUGAAGCAGGAGGCGCUAAAGCUGUCUUGUCGGUGCUUUGUACCCAGGACUCGAGCGACUCCAACGGCAGCAAGUACACCUCGACGUCUGCUGCGGAAGCCAGCAACGAUGCAACGACAAACGACGGUUCCGAAGAGGAUUCAAUGGAAACAAUGCCAGAUAUUGAUCAACCACUGUCGUUGUCAGGUGACGCAGAGACCGACCCUUUAAAUGACGACAGCGUAGUCCUGCUUGAAGACCUUGCUGCUAAAGAUCAGCAAGACAGCAAAGGCAUUAAGUCACGCUUCUUAGAGUACAAAGAGGACAGUGCCGAUAUCCAUACGUCAAGAUUAUUUGUGCAAACAGUUCGCAGCUCCAUCGAGUCCGACUCAUCGGAUGAACAAGACAGGUCACCUGUUCAGCCACAAGAGGCAAAGCCUGACGUCAAGCAUGAAGCUACAUGUGAAGAAGCGGGAGAUCAGACAAGUGCCAAGAGUCGCUUCUUACAGUCCUGUCAGGAGGUCAAUGACGAUGGUGAAGUCCAGAAUGGCUCCCGUUUCGUCGUCUCGGUGGUGCGGCCCUACAACACGGGCUGUCACAGACAGGAUUCCCCUCCGCAUGAUGGCGGAGAAAUCAAAGAGCCGGCCGAUCCGAGGCAAGUGUGGAACCGAGAAGUCCCAGAUGGAAGCAACGCGAAUACGUGGCGCAAUCUGCUAGAACACGAGCUUAGUGAAGACAUUGAGUUCUAUGAGGCGAAAAAGAAGUCAUCCAGGGAUACCAAACGGGAGACUGUUUUGGAACCAGGCGAGUUACCGGUGCAGUACAGCAGAGACAGCCCCCCAGAUACCUCCCCCGAGUCAGACAUAGAUUCUCCACCGACUAGGUCGCAGUCUUGUCAUCAGAGUGACUCUUAUUCAGUUGGAGCAUCUGUACUGUACUCGCCCGUGUACAGUGACAAUGCAGCUGUGGUCAUAGACAAUGGAUCGGAGAUGCUCAAAGUAGGCUUUGGUGGCGAUUGUGAGCCCAGGUUCACAAUACCCUCGGUUGUGGGAAGAUACCCUAGAGACGGGGUAUCAGACUCAGACGACACUGGCAGAACUGCUUACAUUGGUCACGAGGCGACCAGACUGGCGGGCGUACUGUCCGCUGACUUUCCUUCAUCGGAGGGUGUUAUUCACGACUGGGAGGACUUGGAGCAAAUCUGGGAUCAUGUAUACACAUCGCUACUGAAUGUUGCACCUCAGGAACACGCCGUACUCAUCAGCGAGUAUGCUUCCACUGCCAAGAAGCAACGAGAGAAGUGUGUGCAGAUAUUGUUUGAGAGGUUUCAAGUGCCUUCGCUAUGCCUUGUCAACCAAGGUGCCUUAGCCCUUCAUGCCCAGGGCAACACGUCAGGUAUGGUGCUGAGCAGUGGAGGCGGACUGACCGAAGUCGUACCCGUGUUAGAUGGUUGCACCAUGCACUCUGCCGUCACAACGCUGAAAUUCGCUGGUAGCCAGGUCACCCACCAUCUUGGCUGUUUGCUCCAAUCGGACAGUUCCUUCAACAUGACGUCACCCUCUAAACUGGAGAUCCUCAGAGACAUCAAAGAAACUAUGGCAUACGUUUGCAUGGACUACGAGCGAGAGAUGCAACGGGUAAGGCCUCUAGAUCCCAUAGAGUACAAGCUGCCCGACGGCAGCUCACUGGCCGUUAUGCGCAAGGAUCUAUUCCAGUGCACCGAGCAACUCUUCCGGCCUGACCUUGGUGGAUUGGAACAACGAUCGGGAAUACACGACAUGAUUCAAGAAACACUCAAAAGAUGCGAUCCAAACGUCUUACCUGGCAUCCGUAAAUCUCUCCUCCUCGCCGGGGGCAACACUCAGCUCAGAGGCUUCGGUGACCGUCUUCAGCUGGAGCUAGCCUCCGCCCAUCUGCCCUGGUCUGUCUCCAUGCCCCAGGAGCGGACAAACAGCGUCUGGAUCGGUGGAUCCCUGGUGGCCACCCAUGAUAACUUCACCCGGCGCUGCGUCACCGCCGCGGAAUACACGGAACACGGACCGGCUGUGAUGCACCCGAAAUGCUUUUAGAAAGCGGCUGAGUAAACCCGGGAACUCCGUGGAGCUGCUGAGCACAUGAAUUUUCUAAGCUCAGAAAGAAAAAAAGGAUUCAGCAAGCAUAGAUUAUCAGCUCUUAACUAGGUCUCAGCUGGUUUUUGCUUAGAAUAUGUCCUAAGCAACAUUUGUCUGUUUAGCAGCUCUACGGAAUCGCCCUUGAUCCAAGGAAAUGGCAUAUCCCCCCCCCUCAUCACGUUGACAUCUUUUGCCAGGAAAAUUAAACAACAACACCAACAACACCAACAACACCAACAACAUCAACCACACUAACAACACCAACAACAACACCAACAACACCAACACCACCGUGUUAAAACCACCAACACCACCAACAACAACAGAACUGCGAUUCCUGCAGCUACAGUAAUAGGCAUCCUCUAUUGCAAAAAAUCAGACGAAGAUCAAGAAAAGUUGUAGCUUUGAAAUUUGCACACACCAGCACGAAUUAAUUGAAAGAAAGACGUGAGGUUCACUGGUCAUCCAAGAUCGAUGUUGUAAAUAAUAGAAACUACUCUUAUAAGAAAAAUAUAAUUCUUUGGCUUUUUUUAAAGUGUAUUUAUCUGUUUGGGUGUAAAAGUAUUUUAGUAAAUUACAAAAUGCUUUGUCGCGAUGAGAAAGAUUGGCAGGCUCCAACUUAGCCAGAUGAAGUGACUGAGGUAUCUAUAAAUAAUUGAGGUAUUUAUCUAUUUAAAAAUAUAAUCUAAUAUCGUAGUUUAUACAUAGGCCUGAGGGUUAACAAAUUAUUUAUGGCAACUGUACAGAACCCGUGUCUUCUUCCCUUUCACAUAAUUAUGUAUGAGCAUAGUAUUUUCAAGUUAUGCAGUAGGCCUAUGACUAAAACAAAAUAAAAGUGUUGUCCCCGAGGAAGACAAAGUAUCUGAGGUUAAAUACAAUUUCAUGUUUCAAUUACACCUGAGUAAUACAUUUUUUCCCCAAACUUUUAACGAAAAAGUCUUCAGACGACUCCCGGUCCAACAUCAAAUCUCCGAAUGUUGACAUUUUCUUUGUAUAGCUUAAGUUAAAAACAAUUGAUCGAACUGAGUGCCUGAAAUUAUAGAUAAAUAUUUUAAAAACAAAUGUUUGCCUUCCACUGCGUCCUCAAACACCAAUACCCAUAGGCCUCUAAUAUGAUGCAGUAACGUAUAUUUUCUAUAAAGAGGUUUUUCAAGUAAUAGAAAUGUCAUAUUUUUGAUAUGCGAGUAGCACACCAUAACCCGUUUCUGAGGAAUGUUUACUCUUUUGGAGUGGUUAUAAACUCAUUGCUGAAAUCUUUGUACUUUGUAAGGUUUUAUGUUCAUUCUGGUCUAGCUAAUGCCCGUAAAAAUGUCAUCGUGUGUGCAUGGAUUUAGAUAACACACAACAGGAAUCGAGUUUUUGGGAAAUGGAAGAUGUAAAGUGUUGAAAGAUACACAAUCUUUCCCUCAUUGGUGCCACUGUCGUGAAUUUUGACUUGUAUAAAAAAACAGUGCCUUUCACGUUUUAUGAGACUCAUCCUCACACGUGUCUGUGAGGUUUUAUCGAUCCGUUGUACAAAGAGGUCAAAAGAUUUGCAUUUCAUAAUCCAUCCUUUACCGUUUUUUGGGGGUCCUUUAUUCGCAGAGCCGGAUGGCGUUUGCCCUAUUCGAUCAAACAUUUCAAUAGGUUAUUUAAACCGAGUACAUCUAAACAUUUCGGGCAUAGACCUUCUUAAGUGAAUAUACUAUUUGACUAAUUAAGAAAGGAAAAGUGUUUUGAGGGAAGAGUUGUAUUCUAUGACCGUCAUCAGGAUCACAGUCUUCCUCCUAGUUGCAAAGCCUUAACAUUUUCAUUGUUCAGCUUUCAAAGUUCAACUUUCAGUAUCACCAUAACUGUUUGAAACUGUGAAUAUUGAGCAUUAAUUCUGUUGUAAUCCUGUUAUGACAUAUCAUCAUGUCACCACAAUUCAAUCGCAAACAAACAGGAGUCAGUCACAAGCACUCCAGUCUCAAGUCGAAUGACCAACUAUUCAAAUGCACAACGGCAUUGCUUUGUCACUGUUCGUCCCUCGUGACUUGAGACAUGACCAGUGAUUUGACUAGUGUUUAACCCUAAAAGGACCGGGGCGGAAUCCUCCCCCCCCCUCCCUCAACUUUUUCCCGCAAUAGCCUUUACAAUUUCUUUUCGCGACCUGUGCUGUUAUGACUUUUUAGCCUCGAGCCUUGCACAUCUUUUGAUACCAAAAACAUAACAAUCGGACCACGGGUUGC